AUGCCAUUUAUAUUCAUGAAUUAUAUUAAAUCUCAUACUCAAACUGAUUAUUUACAAUAUCAUGUCAAACUCAAUACGUAAAUCAUAUUAAUAUCACUAUGCAAUCUCAAGCAAUAAAUUUCGAGAAUUGUAAAUAAAUUUAUUAAAUUUUAUUUAUGUGUUGGAGAAUUUUAAUUUGAUAAAUAUAAUAUUAUAACAAAAUUAAUACUCUUAUAAAUCCCUUUAUUAUGUGGGAAUAAAUAGGAUUCCCCUCUUAUUUGUUAACCAUCAAUUGAUCCAUUCAAAAUUGCAUCGGACUAAAAAUAGAAGAAAUCCAGCCUCGCUUAACUUUAAAGUGCUCCUCUGGCAAGUAUCUUUUCUCUAAAUGCUGGAUAUAAAUUUUGUCAAUUUAUAUAUAAAAAUUUGAAUUUAAAUUCAGUGGGAGAAAUUCAUAUACAAAUGAGCUCAGAUUUUAAAUAAGAUGGAACUCCAUUUACUAAAUUGUUUUAAAGAUUAGAAAAAAUUCAUCAAUCCCCUGUUUUUAACGCUGAUUGUGUCCAACACCAAGAUGACAUGUAUAUAAAAGACCAGUCCCCUGAAUAAGUAUGUAAGAAAUUGGAAUUCACUCCAUGUUUGAAGUCUCCUAAUCAGUAUUCACUUUCCAUUAUAAAUUUUAGAUUUCAACCUUAUUCUCCAUUAAAUCAUUAGACAACUAAAAAGGCGAAUAUAUUCAUUAUUUCUCCUGCCAGAUAAAUCAACUUUGAUCAUACAAAGACAGAAUAACGACUUGUCAAUAUAAGUUCACCUCUCAGUUCAAUGAAGAUACCAGAUGAUCUAUAACGCGAGGAAGAAGAGAUCUAAUCUGAAGAUCAAGACAAUCGUUCUCAAUUCAGAAGUCCUCCCAAAUCACCUCACAGAAAAUUAGAAAGAGCUACUAAAUUGAAAUUCAUCAAUUUCGUUACCUUAAAAAAGCCUCUCAAAUUUACAAGUGAUUAAAUAACCAAUAGGAAACGUACAAGUUCUAAAAGAAGGAAACCACAAACAGAGUAAAAACCAAAAAUAAUCGUAUGCAAUUGUAAGAAAUCCAAAUGCCUUAAAUUAUAUUGUGAUUGCUUUGCUGCAGGUGUAACAUGUGGCAAAGAUUGCAAUUGCUGUUCUUGUCAUAACAACGAUGAUCAUACAAAAGAAAGAGAAGUUGUUAUCAAAUCAAUUAUGGAAAGAAAUCCGUCUGCAUUUCGACCCAAAGUUGAAUCCAAAGUACUCUAUUAUUUAAUAUCAAUUAGAGCAACUCAGAAGAUGAAUAAGAUCACAAACCAAGACAUUUUAAAGGAUGUAAUUGUAAAAAAUCAAAUUGCCUAAAAAAAUAUUGUGAAUGUUAUUAAAUGGGAGUCAAGUGUUCUGAGUUAUGCAAAUGUGAUGAAUGUAAAAAUUGUGAAAUGCCUGUUAAAAAGGACUCAAGAAAAAGGAUAAAACAUGUCCAUUAAAAUUUUAAAAAUACUGAAAUCUAUUGA